GUAAAUACCACAAGGCCGGAAAGCAAGUUUUGUCUUCAACGUUUAACAAAGAAAAAGGUUUUUGAGCCAAGAAAAUUAUUUUAUUCGAAAAUUUAUGGACAAAACGAUGAACUUAUAGAUCGCUCAAUGGCAGUUUUUCUUCCAGGUCCUGGUACUUACACUGGAGAGGAUACAGCAGAGCUAUAUGUUCAUGGCAGUCGAGUGGUGGUUGAUUAUUUGUCUAAAACCUUAGACCGCUUCGAUAAUGUGCGUUCUGCAAAAGCAGGCGAGUUCACUAAACGAGCAUUUUUCAACUCUAAAAUGUCACUCAAAGACGUGAAUUCGCUCUCCUAUUUGCUCUCGGCUGAAACGCAAAAGCAGCAUACUUUAGCAAUUCAUUCUCGAGAAAUUAGUUCAGUAAUGAAUGCGGUUAGGAAAAAAUUAGUCGAUUUGCUUUGUAUGCUCGAGGCGGGAAUAGAUUUUGCUGAAGACGUUGAUUUUGACAGAAACAGUUUUAUACUGAAGAUUCACGACGUUGAAAAAGAGCUUAUUUCUAUACAACAACGGGCUCAAAAGGGGACGCUUAUAUGUGAUGGUUUCCGAGUAGUUAUUAUUGGCAGGACAAAUGUUGGUAAAAGCAGCCUUAUAAAUCGGAUAGCUGCCCGUGACAUUGCAAUCGUUUCACCGGUAGAGGGUACUACUCGGGAUGCUUUAGAAACUCGUAUUGAAAUUGCUUCGUGCCCUGUAACUUUGAUUGAUACUGCCGGAGUAAGAGAAACGUCUGAUUACGUUGAAGCCGAAGGAGUGGCUAGGACGAAACUGAGAGUAGCAGAAGCAAAUUUACUUCUUGUCGUCAUAGAUGCUGCUGUUGUGAAUCCAAGGGAGCAUGUGGAACAAGUUUUAGCUGAAUGUGAUGCUGAUGGGUCAGUGCCAGUCUUAGUAGUGGUUAACAAAGCUGACAAGUUAAAAAAACAUGUGGUAUAUAAUUUGCCUUGGCAAACCGUGUCGGUUUCCUGUUUAGAAAAUAUUGGGAUUGGAUCUUUGGUCGAUUGCAUUACUGACAUAGUAGACUCGCUUUGUGGCGACGAUACUGAUGCACUUCUUAGCAGAGAACGACAACGUGCUCUUUUAUCUGAUUCUAUAUUAGCACUCGAGGAGGCUUUAGAGAUGAGCGAUUUUGGAGAUUUAGCAUUAGUCGCUCAUCAUGUUCGUGCUGCAGCAGAAGCUGUUGGAGAAAUUUCUGGUACAGUAGUGAACGAGGAGAUUUUGGACAAUAUAUUUUCGAGCUUCUGCAUAGGAAAAAAUGCUUUUUACGGGAUGUCAAAACUGAUCAAAGGUUAG